AUGGGAAGGUCGCGUUCCAGAAGCAGGACCCCUAAAAAACACCACAGAAGUAAACAUCAUAAGAGAAGCAAAUCGAAAGAUAGGUCUGAUUUGAGUCUGAGCACUCAUAAACGGCACAGGGAUAGAGAGAGGCACGAUAGGAGCUCAGAAAGGCAAGAUAGGAAGGAAAAAUUCGUUAGGAACAUUAGAAAACGUUCAGAUUCAACAUCAUCCUCAGGUUGCAGCAUUAUUUCCCUAGAGAAAAAUGACAAACACAACAGUAAAAAGCACAAGUCUAGAAAAAUGGACGAGGUUGAAAGGCUGGCGGAGUUGGAAAGACAGAGAUGUCAAAAGGAAGCCGAACAAAAAAUCGUCGAAGAGGAGGCAGCUAAAAGAAUAGAAGACUUGGUGAAGAAGAGGGUGGAAGAAGAAUUGGAAAAAAGGCGGGAGGAAAUUGAAAGGGAAGUGGCCAAACGGGUGGAAGAAGCUAAACAGAUAAUGGAGAGGCAGAUGAUGGAAGAUUUGGAAAGGAGAAGACAAAAACAGAGGGAGGAAGAAAGGAAAAGAGAGGAGGAAGAGAGAUAUAAGCAUGAGGAGGUGCAAAGGAUAUUGGAGGAAAAUCAACGAAAAAUUGAAGAAGCCCAAAGGAAAUUGGCCGAAGAUAGAUUAGCCAUGGUGGAAGAACAAAGAAAAAUAGAUGAGGAACGUCGCCGAUUGGAAAAAGAACAGGAGAAACGUGCAAAAGAGGAACAGAAGAAGAUAUUAGGCAAAAAUAAUUCCAGGCCAAAACUGUCGUUUUCGUUAAAACCAGUUUUGUAG